AUGCAGUGGGCCGUGGGCCGGCGGUGGGUGUGGGCCGCGCUGCUCCUGGCCGCCGCGGCCGUGCUGGCCCAGGCGGUGUGGCUGUGGCUGGGCACGCAGAGUUUCGUCUUCCAGCACGAAGAGAUCGCGCAGCUGGCGCGGCAGUACGCGGGGUUGGACCACGAGCUGGCCUUCUCUCGGCUCAUCGUGGAGCUGCGGCGGCUGCACCCAGGCCACGUGCUGCCCGACGAGGAGCUGCAGUGGGUGUUCGUGAACGCGGGUGGCUGGAUGGGCGCCAUGUGCCUCCUGCAUGCCUCGCUGUCCGAGUACGUGCUGCUGUUCGGCACCGCCCUCGGCUCUAGGGGCCACUCUGGACGCUACUGGGCUGAGAUCUCCGACACCAUAAUCUCGGGCACCUUCCACCAGUGGAGAGAGGGCACGACCAAGAGUGAGGUCUUCUACCCAGGGGAGACAGUGGUGCACGGGCCUGGAGAGGCAACAGCUGUGGAGUGGGGGCCAAACACAUGGAUGGUGGAGUAUGGCCGGGGAGUCAUCCCAUCUACCUUGACCUUCGCGCUGGCGGACACCGUCUUCAGCACCCAGGACUUCCUCACCCUCUUCUACACCCUUCGCGCCUAUGCCCGGGGACUCCGGCUUGAGCUCACUACCUACCUCUUCGGCCAGGACCCCUGA